GACGUAAGCAAUUUCCGACCUGACUGCACUCACUUACGGCAGUGUCAUGGCGGCGCACGCAGUUUCUUUUGAGAGUUCAAGCACCAUUGCUGAUCGGAAGGACAGUAAACGACAGGCACGACAAGAAGCGCUUGAUCGGGCCAAGCAACAAUAUGAGAGAGAGGAGAGGAGGAAGGAGCUGAAGAGGCAGAGAGGGGAAGACACUUGGAUGCUCCCUGAGGUCACAGACAGAUUGAAGGAACUAGAGGACGAAAUUUCUGUUAAAACCAAAAAGAAGAAAGAGAAGAAAUCUAAAAAGAAGAAAGAGAAGAAAAAGAAGGCCAAGAAGGAAAAGAAGGGGACAGAAGCAUCAGAUGGCUCAAGUGACAGCUCAAAUGACUCAGCUGAAGAGUGGGUUGAAGCUGAGCCUCAGUCACAGCCUGCUAAAGCCUGGAAGGUUUCAGAGAAGUCCAAGUCUCCAGAGAACAAUGGCGACUCAACUCAAAAUGUCCAACGAGAUGAAUGGAUGACUUUUGACUUUUUGGCCAUGAAAACAACUUCCGUAGCAGAAAAGAGAGCUGAGAAAGACCGACAGAAAGAGGAGGAGUGGGCCAAAGCUCAGGCCAUUGAACAAGAUGGCUUGCUCAAAUUAGAACUUAACCCGUACUGGAAGGAUGGUGGAACUGGUCUCCCCCCAGAGGAGGUGACUGGUACUGCUGCAAAAAAAGGUGGUUCGGUGGUGAAUGAUGGCGGUCUAAGCUGGCUGAGGAAGAAUUACCAGAGGAUGAAGGAGCAGGCAGAAAGAGAGCAGCGCAGCCUGGAUGAUGUGGUGGCAGACAGAUACGGAUCAAUGAAGGUAUUCCAGCAGCGACUUGCUGAAGCAGAAAAAGCUGCUUAUGGACAUAAAAGCAGAAGAGAAGGGGAUAAUAUGUUGAUAGGCAGACGGUUGGAAGGAAAGGAGAGCACCGAGAGGUGGCGGAAAAAAGGAGACGAGAUGGAGAGAGAUCAGUGGAGGAGAUAUGAAAGAGACGCAUCACCUUCGUCCCAAGAGAGAUAUUCUGACAGGAGAAGCCAUCGAGAACGAGAAAGAAAUGGAGAUAGUGAAAGAAACUCAAACAAGGACAAAGACAGAUAUAGGGACCGGUGGAGAGAGAAGGAAAGAGAUGACGAAAGAGAGAGACACAGAGAAGGAGAGAGGCCCAGUCUUACAUCCUCAUUUGAGAAAAAAUGGAGUAAACGCUCUUCCUCUCUUGGGUCACUGAAAGGCUGUUUUCUUAAGCCCACAGAUGAAUAUGACAGCAAAGCUCCCGAGCGUCCUCCUCCUAGAGCUUCUUCAUCAUCUAUGGGGUUCUUGAAACCCACAUCUGAUGAUGAAGAUUCUGGUCCCCGAACAACAAGUACUGUGGGCUGGAAGAAGAGUGGCGGUCUUUCCCAUGAGCCCGAUAAGGAAGUGCAAGAUGCCGCAAAAGUAACCCCUGCUCCUUGUGAUGAUGUAGCUGCUGCAACGGCAAAAUCCAAUGAGAGCGACAGUGAUGCAGAGGAGGAAGAGAUCCCACUUCUCUCUGAGGAAGAGAUGAACAAAUUGGGCGCCAAAAUGGUGAAGGCUGAAAUUAUGGGUAACAAAGCCAUGGUUGAGAAGCUUAAGGCCCAGUUGGAUGCAGCUCAGAAAGCCAAAGAGAGCCACGCUGCACGGAAGAAACUUCACGAAACAGCAAAAUCAAACCAGGUGGCAGGCUGCUCUACUGAAGAACAAGAGGUCCUAUUAUUCAGAACUGAUCAGGCCGGUCAGGCCUGGCCCCUCAACCCCCUGUCUGGACCUCAGGAGCCCCACGGAGGACGUCGGAAGAAAAAGGCGAUUGAGACUCAUGUUGAUGGGCAGCGGGUGAGGUACUUCCAGGAUGAUGACAGUGUGGGUCUGAAGGAGAUGGUCAGGAGGGAGAAGAUGGGCUCAGCGCAAGAUCAGAAUGCCCUCUACUCUCGAAUGGCUGCCAAGAUGAUGGGAAAGACAGACGGUGACAACUACACCCUGGAUGACAUGUUUGUGUCAAGUGCGGCGCAAAAAGAGGGUGAGGGGAAGGAGGAGGAGAGGCUGAGGAAGCGUGCCACUGAAGAGAGUCGGAGGCUGGCGACCUCCAUGGAGAAAUGCCGACACUGUUUCAGCAGCCAGGAGCUCCAAAAGCACCUCAUAGUGGCCAUAGGGAGCAAGGUAUACCUAAGUCUACCUGCAGGAGUGUCCCUGACAAAUGGCCACUGUCUAGUCUGUCCCCUCCAGCAUCACUGCUCCGCCACCACCUUGGAUGAGGAAGUCUGGGCAGAGAUACAGCUGUUCCGACGCAGCUUGGUGCGUAUGUUUGAGUCCCAGGACCUGGACUGUGUGUUCAUGGAAACGCAUAUGAACCCACGCAAGAGACAGCACAUGGUCUUGGAGUGUAUCCCACUUCCCCGGGAGCUGGGUGAUAUGGCACCUAUAUACUUUAAGAAAGCGAUCAUGGAGUCUGAUGAGGAAUGGGCCAUGAACAAGAAGGUUGUUGACCUUUCUUUGAAAGACGUCCGCAAAUCUGUUCCCCGAGGGCUGCCCUACUUUGCUGUAGACUUUGGACUCCAGGGAGGGUUUGCUCAUGUAAUUGAAAAUGAACAGAAGUUCCCACAUUACUUCGGCAAGGAAGUCGUUGGAGGUAUGAUGGACUUGGAGCCGAGGCUUUGGAGGAAGUUGAUACGUGAAAACUUCGAUGACCAGAGGAAGAAAGUCCUGCAGUUUGCCCAAUGGUGGAAACAGUACGAUUGUACCAAGAGUGAGGUCUAGCAGCACAUAUUUAAACAACAUUCCUCAACUUUCUCAGUCGUUUUUGCCACCUCUCCCAGAUUCUUUGGAAUGUAUUGCAGUCAUAAAAUUCCACGUGAAUGAUUAUUUGCUAAAAGCAAUAAGGUUCAUCGAUGUGGAUGUUAAAUAUCUUGUAGUGUAUUCAAUUAAAUAUAGGCCGAACAUAA